UUGAAAGUGAGAAGAAAAUGACUGUAACUUAUACGGCACAGGUAGCCACCUCAAGAGGCUUUAGCACAUUUCUGUUACUACUAGCAAGAUGGCGUGGUAGUAUUUACAAGCUAGUGUGGCUGGAUUUACUAAUCUUUCAAGCACUAUACAUUAUGCUAACACUAUCAUAUCGGAUGCUUAUGAAUGACAGGGCUCAAAAGAUUUUCGAGGGUGUUGUCCACUAUUGCCAUCUUCACGCCACUCUUAUACCACUCUCGUUCGUGUUGGGCUUCUAUGUGUCCAUUGUCAUGACGCGUUGGUGGGCCCAAUAUAUAACUAUACCAUGGCCCGAUUCAGUCGCCAUACUUGUGAGUGCCCACAUCCAGGGUAACGAUGAUCGAGCGCGCGCCAUGCGCCGAACUGUGAUGCGAUAUAUAUGUCUGUGUCAGGUCAUUGUUUUCACAUUGAUAUCGCCCCGAGUGAAGAAACGAUUUCCCACAUAUAACCAAAUAAUUGAGGCGGGCCUGCUUCUCGAGAACGAAAAGAUAAUUAUUGAGGCAUUGGAUGCUGCCUUUCCGCAUUAUCCCAAGCAUUGGAUGCCCAUAGUUUGGGCCGCCAGCAUUGUGAUGCGUGCCCGCCGGGAGGGUAAGAUUCGAGAUGAUUACGCCGUCAAGUCAAUAAUUGACGAGUUGAAUAAGUUUCGCGGCCGGUGCGGCUUUCUUUUAUACUACGACUGGGUUAGCGUACCACUCGUUUAUACACAGGUCGUCACUCUGGCUACUUAUGCGUUCUUUCUAUGUAGCGUAGUGGGACAACAAUGGACUAUGGAUCCCAGCAGUCGCGCUGCGAAUAAUAAGAUUGAUCAAUACUUCCCCCUUUUCACUACACUACAAUUUUUUUUCUACAUGGGCUGGCUGAAGGUAGCCGAGUCACUGAUCAAUCCAUUUGGCGAUGAUGACGAUGAUUUUGAGCUUAACUGGAUGAUUGACCGUAAUCUGACUGUAUCAUAUUUAAUUGUUGAUGAAAUGCAUCAAAACCAUCCGGAGUUGGUUAAGGAUCAGUACUGGGAUGAAGUGUUUCCCAACGAACUACCCUAUACAAAUGAAUCGCAACGCCAACCGCCACCGGAAGCAUCCACAGCCAAAUUAGAUUAUUUGAAAUCGAAAUCCUUUGCGCCUUUGGACGCCAGGACACACAAGUCAACAUUAAUUUCUUCAUCAAGAACUAGCGAUUUUGAAAAUAUUCUACCACACCUUAGCAGCUUUUUGGGUCGUAUGAUGAGGAAAUCAAGAAGCAGCAGCACAAUAUAUGACUACCCCACAAAUCUAUCAAUCAGCGAAGAAUUUAUGGAAACCGAAAGUGAAAUGCAGGAAAUACACGCACAACAAAACAGCAUGAACUUCGAGCAGCUUAUGGAAGAGCGCAAUCGCCAACGUCAGGAACGCAUGCGCAAUCGCUUUUUGAAUCUACGAACUACACGAAAUGCCAACAUUGGAACGGGGGGCUAUAAAAUAACGGUGCUGCAUGCGCCUUCUCUCCGUGGUAGCCAACAAUCGGUACAUGAACCGGAGGAGGAGGAGGAAGAAGAGGAGCAGCCUUCAUCAUCAAAAAAAAAGUUGGAAAAACAUGAUUAGAUUAUCCAAAUAUCUUAUUAUUAAUUUUUUAUAAAUUCAAUCGAAAAAUACUAUUGAUAAGAG